CACGUCAGUCUAGCGCCAGACGCCGCGGCGAACGCACGUCGCGUACCGAACGAACCGAUCAUGAGGACGACUUUGUAAAUAAAAUAUAUAGUGGUUAUAUUUAUAUAGUGAAUUAAUAGUGACUUCUACUAUAACUAUGUUGUAUCUGUGCGUUUUUCUGUGCGCCUGGGCGAGCGCCCUGGGCUUCAAUGUGGAUAUACCGUCGAGGGUAGUUUACACCGGCAAUUUUCAGUCCAUGUUUGGAUUCACCGUUCAGGCCCAUGUGGAUGGAGAUAGAGAGAUGAUUCUGGUGGGUGCUCCUGAGGACGAGCCGUACCGUGUCCCCGGGGUGUCCCGGCCGGGGGCGGUGUACCGCUGCCAGCCCGGCCGCCGGGGCUACUCCGACUCCGGGUCAAACCCCCUCCAGCUGUGUGAUCUGAUCGAGUUUGAUCAUAACCGAAACAACAACAUCGACACGGCGAAGCGGCAGAUCGACCAAAAGUCCAACCAGUGGUUCGGCGCCACUCUCACCAGCACCGGCCGCAAUGGACCCAUUGUGGCGUGCGCCCCCCGCUACGUGUCGUUCGUCUCGGCUAAGCAGAACCAGCGAGACCCCGUGGGCGCGUGCUUCGUGGCCCGCACCGCUGAUGCCAUCGACGUCAACGAGUACUCGCCCUGUCGUAAUUGGUUCCGUUCGCUGGACGAGGCGAGCCACGGGCAGCGUAAGACGGGCACGUGCCAAGCUGGCUUCUCCGCAGCUGUAUCUAAGGAUGGACAGAGAUUGUUCAUGGGUGCCCCCGGAAGCUUCUAUUGGCAAGGGCGCACGAUAUCUGUAGACACUAGCGCCAGGUUCGACUACUAUAUGCCGAAGGAAGGUCAACUUAAGGUCCAAACGAUAAACAAUAAGCCCGUUUUGAUCGCGACUCCUGAAGCGAGUCCCAAGUUUGAUGACUCGUACAUGGGAUACUCCGUGACUGUUGGAGAUUUCGCCGGCCAAGGCAUCCAGGGAGUCGCCGUUGGCGUUCCCAGAGGAAAUGAUUUGAAGGGACUGGUGGUACUUUAUACAUGGGAACUAAACAAUAUCAUAAACAUUACUGGCUCUCAAAUUGGCGCUUACUUCGGCUAUAGUCUGGCCAGUGGAGAUAUUGACGGUGAUGGUGCUGAUGAUAUCAUUGUCGGUGCUCCAAUGUUCACCAACCCGAAAGAGAAUGGAUACGAACAUGGCAGAGUUUACGUUAUCUACCAAGGAAGGAACCGAGCCUAUGCUAAGAGCCACGCUCGAACAGGAGAAAUAUCUCGAGGUAGAUUUGGUUUGGCUGUGACCUCACUUGGAGAUAUCAACUACGAUGGAUUUGGAGACAUAGCCGUAGGUGCUCCAUACGGAGGCAUUAACGGCCAGGGCGUGGUGUACAUCUACCACGGCAGCGAGCGGGGUAUCGGCGAGAAGUACUCCCAAGCCAUCACCGCUGAGGAGAUCAGCCCCACUCUCUCCACCUUCGGGUUUUCCCUCUCCGGUGGAAUUGACCUGGACAGAAACAACUACACUGACUUGGUCGUUGGAGCGUACAAGUCUGAUAGCGUUGUAUUUUUGAAAGCCCGUCCCGUAGUAAAAGUGAUGGCGGAGGUACGGUUCAUGGGGGAGAGCAAGCUCAUCUCACUCACAGAUCGGCGCUGUCAACUCAACAACGGCACCGCUGUUGCCUGCGCACAGCUCAUGUUCUGUCUCACGUACGACGGCGUCAACGUCGACCAGCAGAUUAACUUCGAAGUGACACUCGACCUGGACUCAAGACAGAAGACCAGGAAACGCUUGUUCCUCAUGGAGACAAGGGAGACCAUUUAUAAGACCCACAUCCUGCUCACCCAGGGUCAACAGGAGUGCAAAGACGUUAUGGUGUAUCUUGACGAGGACAUUCGCGACAAGCUCACCCCUAUCGAGGUGAAGAUGACGUACGAUCUAGUCGCCCAACCAGCUGGCUCCGCAGUGCCGCCGGUUUUGGACCAGACCCGUCGAGCCGACCACAGCGAUGCCCUCAAUAUACAGAAGAACUGCGGACCUGACAACGUCUGUAUACCCGACUUGAAGAUGUUUGUUACCACCCCAACAGUCAACUACCUCCUCGGCUCUGGUGAGAACGUCCACAUUGACGUCAAAGUGGAGAACUCUGCUGAAGACGCCUUCGAGGCCGCCUACUACCUGCAGCUGCCAGCUGGUGUUACCUACACCAAGAUGGAGCGGCUGGACAAGGGCGACACACCCAUAUACUGCUCCAUCAAGACCAAGCAUACUGAUGGGAAUACUACGCUGAAGUGUGACCUUGGAAACCCGCUGGCUACUGGACAAAGCGUGGAAUUCCGCGUGAUCCUAGAAGUGGAUUCCCGGGUGACGGCGCUGGAGUUUGACAUGGAGAGCAACUCUACCAACCCCGAGCAGGGCACCACCUACGACAACACCAAGCACCUCGCCAUCGGCGUCGUCAUCAAGGCCGAGAUCAACGUUAUACCGAUCUCCGACCCGCCGGAGCUCCACUACAACCUGUCUCAGUUCACGCCGGAGAGCGCGGCGGACGACGCGCGGCUCGGCCCGCAGCUCGUCCACAAGUACAACCUCAAGAACGAGGGACCCUUCGCCGUCGACGAGGCCGAGAUAUACAUCAUGUGGCCAUACCAGACACUCAGCGGCGAGAAUCUGAUGUACAUGGUAGUUCAGCCGCAGUGGGCGGGCGACGUGACCUGCGACUUCGCGCGACACGUCAACCCGCAGAACCUGUUCGUGCAGAACCCGUACGGGUUCCUGCUGGCUAAGGAAAAGGAAGCCAUGGCAAGCAGCGAAAUGUACACCGCAGCUCAACUCAGCGGAGGCACUGGUGGAUACUACGGACAAAACUAUUGGGAAGAGCAGUACACGAGCGAUGGUAAAAUCAUCCGCACUCAGUCUAGCAGCCAGUCCAGUGGUAACUAUAACCGCAAUCAGGCUGGAAGACAGGAGAACUACGCAGCAGGCGGACAAUAUGGCAGCCAGGGUAGCAGGCAAUAUGGAAGCCAAGGAAGCGGGCAAUACGGGCAAGGCAGCACCUCAGGAGUAACAUACGGCAAUGACCAAGUAGGCGGUGGAAGCUACAGAUACAACCGUACCUGGUCUAGCGGUAACGAAGGGCUAAGCGUGGAAGAACAGGAGGCUAUCAGGCGCCAGCUCGCUGCAGCCGUCCAGAACUCCAACCGCCAGGGAACCUACAGCCAGAGUGGUUAUGGACACAACGAAGGAAGCCAAAGUGGUUACGGACACGCCCAAAACCAAGGAGGCUAUAGCCAAGGCAGUCAAGAUCAGACUUACAACCAGAAUAUAAACAUUCAGGGUGGUCACGUAGAUGUUGGUGGUUACAACCGUGAUGGACAGUUGGUGAGGGUUAAGAACAGGACUAUCCUGUAUGAUGAGAACCACAACAUCAUAUCGCAGACCGAGACCAGCACCGAGUAUGGAUCUUUGGGACACGAGGGGGAAGCUGGCAGCUCGUUUAAUAGGUACAACAACCAAAGGAAUGGCAAUCAGAAUGCUGGUGGCUUCGUUCACGGAUCCUGGGCAACCACGGAAACCGUCAAUUCGGAUCUGAUGAAUGCCGUGUCAUCCACCUACCGCGGCUCAGGCAGCCCCAGCGUCACAGUCGUUGGUGAUGAGGAGGAGGACAAGCUCGAAGGUUUCGGAACAUUCGCGGCUUCAAAUGCCAACAAUGAGUUCAGAUAUGGCAUCGCUGAUGUUACCAAUAGCCAAGGUGGCGCUAGAGCCCAAGGAAGCAGGCAGGGUUACCAACAGGGAGCAGCAUACCAGGGUGGUGCCGCCUAUCAGGGUGGAGCGGCAUAUCAGGGUGGAGCAUCACAGCAGGGUGGUGCAGCAUAUCAGGGUGGCUACCAGGGUGGUUACCAGAGUGGAUCCACCUACGGCACUAGUGGAGGAUACUCGUAUUCGUCACGAUCAGGUCACUCAAGUCAUUCGCAGUCCGGCAGCAGCUACGGCUCCGAGCAGAGACGGGAGAGCACCAGAAGGCGUCGCCAAGAUGAAGUGGACCCUCAACUGAAGGAGAUCCUGCUGAAAUGCGAGGAGAAGUACAAGUGCGAGGUGGUGCGCUGCCGCACCGGCCGCCUUGCGAAGGGCCAGGAGGUGUGGCUGGCGCUGCGCUCCAGGAUCAACACCACCGUGCUGAACGAUAUGUCCGGUUCCCGGUCCGUCAAGCUAUCAUCACUAGCCGCGGCGCGCGUAACACGUCUCGCGCGGGGGACGCAGCGCGGUGCGUGGAAGACGGCCGAAGCGACGACGGUACUCACGCCGCAGCUUGAAGCCCUCGGCACGGGGACAAUACCGCUCUGGGUGAUCAUACUAGCAGCGAUUGUUGGUGCGCUAGUCCUGCUGCUGCUUAUAUUCGCGUUGUACAAGUGCGGCUUCUUCAAGCGCAACCGUCCCUCCGACCACACGGAGCGGCAGCCGCUGAACGGACGCGACGAACAUCUCUGAUACCCGACCACUGAUCUUGGCGUCGCCUCCGACACGCCCGGCACGUCCGGCACGUCACGACGUGCGUCCGGCACGUCACGGCGAGCGUCCGGCACGUCCGACGUGUCGGACAGCUCCACGGACGCCGCUAGUGACGUCACCAGCCGCGAUUCUAGCAGCUUCAACCGCUAUUAGUUUUUAGAGUCAAGCGUUUUUGGUACGCGGAUUGGGGCUAUUUACAAUGGAUGGACAUAAUUUAUUAUGUUUUUAAUUGUACAGCUUCAAGUCUUGUACAAAACAAUAAGGGCCUUCAAAAGUAUUUGACAAAUAUAUAAUAAUAUCGUACAGACUCUCGGACUAUAAAAAUGUGGCGGCAGAAGCGACCAUGUUGUAGUUAGCUAAAUUUUUUCCAUCUUAUUUUGUACAUUUCACGCGGUAAAAAAUUAAGAUAUAGGGUGAUGUGUUUUACGCCCUAGUAUUAUUUUUGUAGUAGGUUACUGAUAUUACUAAUGAAUUGAUAUUUAGACGUAAGCGAUCGCAAUCUCUUGUACAUAACUGUUGUAACUAGCGACCCUCAUGAGAUUUGGCAAAAGCGACUUUUGUACAUUUUUUUUCUAGAAAAAAUGUUUCAAAAUUAUUUUAUUUAUAUAAUUUAACUAGUCACGGUUAUGGAAAAUGAUGUCUCGACCAAAACGAAAAGAUUUGGGAGUGUGAUAGGUACUGUGUGAAUUGAAGGAGUGUGUAAUACAGAGAAAGUAUUUUAUCAUUGAACAUUUAACUAAGUAGCUAGGAAUUUUAGGUGGCUUAACUAUUAAUUAGGAGGCACAACCUCGCUUAGCACAAUAACGUAAGCAAUAUUUGGUGCAAAAAUCGCAUAUAAAUGUCUAAAAAGUAGUGCCUUAUUAUACAAAAAUUAGGCUUCGUGCAUAGUAGAUAAAUUUUAAAUGUAAUUUUUAGAAAACUUUUGAAAUGAUUACAAUAAAUAUUAAAAGUAUUAUGAUAUUAGGCAGGGAAAAUUGUAGUAUCUAUGCAAGAGCACAUUUUUAUUGAUGCUAAGUUAAUAAAAUAUGAGUCAAUUAUUUUUUACAAUGUUCUCCAAAUUUUUUAAUGAAUUUUUAUAAUAUCUUAUACCUCAUUACGUUUAUUACCAAAAGACUAUUAGAUGAAUCCUUACAUUACAAAAAUUUAAAAAAUGUAGCUUGCACAUUAUACAAUAAAAUAGUACAUAAGAUGUGCUUAUAGUUUAGAGUAAGCGAGAAAAGAAGAUGCCUUAAAGUAGAGUGCUAGCGUAAAUAAAAGCAAAAGCAGCUAAUUAUUUUUAACGGAUA